GGAGAUGAGAGGGCCCUGGAUCGCCCUCCGUGUGGGGCCGGAACGGUAGUUCCCCGGCUCCUUGUUUCCCUCCCCCGCGGGGGGAAGGUUACGCAGUGCGGGACCAAGAUGGCGGCGCCCAGCGCUGCCGCCCCGGCGAGCGAGGAGGGGCCGGGGGGUAAAGCGAAGUCCCCCGCCGUCACCCCGCAGAAGAUCCGGGAGCUGAUCGACGGGGGCAUCGCCCCGGAGGAGGCCGGGCUGGAGGGAAAGGACACGUCUGCCUUGUCAGAAUCAACUAAUGGAUCUUCACAAACAGAUGCUCUUCCUUUUGAGACAACUAGUAAAGAAGCCUUCUUCAGCAGAGUAGAAACGUUUACUUCUCUGAAGUGGGCAGGCAAACCUCAUGAGCUGUCUCCCCUGAUAUGUGCCAAAUAUGGAUGGACCAAUAUAGAGAGUGACAUGCUGAAGUGCUCCAGCUGCCAGGCCUUCCUCUGUGCAAGUUUGCAGCUGGCAUUUGACUUCAACAAGUACAAGGAGAGGUGUGCGGAGCUGAAGAAAGCUUUGUGUACUGCCCAUGAGAAGUUCUGUUUCUGGCCCGACAGCCCCUGUCCAGAUCGCUUUGCCGUUUUACUGGUUGGCGAGCCAAUAGCCCUUGUCAGUGACUUCCUGGAUCGCUUUCAAAGCCUGUGUCAGCUAGAACUUCUGCUGCCCUCUCUGAAACCAGAGGAUCUGAAAAAUAUGUCCUUGACGGAAGAUAAAAUCAGCCUUCUCCUGCAUCUGAUCGAGGAGGAACUCGAAUGCAAAGCCGAAGGGGAGAAAACACCAGUGAAAUUGGGCUCUGACCUCUUUCAAGUACAUGUCCCCGCCUGCAUCCUGGCCCUCUGUGGCUGGGCUUACAGCCCUACGUCAGUGUCCAUGCACCUCCCGGUGAUCACGUGUUCCCGCUGCAUGAGGAAGGUGGGGCUGUGGGGUUUCCAUCAGAUUGAGUCUUCCAUGCUCGAGUUGGACUCUUCCUUUGGACUUGGCAGCACUCCCACCACGCCCACAGAGGCACGCUCGGACCGGACCCCACUGGUGCCCACGUCUCCCCGCAGGAUGAUCACGAGGAGCCAGGACACGACCUUUCCUCCGGGCUCGGAGCAGCACGAGAAGAGCCCGUCCCCCGUGACAGCCCGUAUGCGGAGCUGGGAUGGCUCAAGCCCCAUGGACCGGGCCGAGCCGGAGGCAUCAAGCCCGUCGACGAGGAGCCGCCCGGUAACCCGCAGCAUGGGGCAGGGGGACAGUGUGGAGGUGCCAUCCAGCCCUCACAGGAGAGCCAAGCGGGCGCGCCUCUGCUCUUCCAGUAGUUCGGACACUUCCACCAGAAGCUUCUUUGAUCCCAGCUCUCAGCACCGCGACUGGUGCCCUUGGGUCAACCCAGUGCAGGAGAAGGCCGUCUCAGAGGACACCGGCGACCAAUCGGAGCUAACAUCUGUGAAGGCGGAGCCUGGCUGGCGGGUGGUGCUGAAUGUCCUCCUGGCCGCCAGGAAAUCAAACAGAGCAGCUGAUGCAGAGCUUGUGAGCCUCUCAGUAAAAUCCUGCAAGGUGUUCCGGAUAUUCCGGCAGUGGGAAGCCAUGGGCUCCUCCUGAAGACGCUUGGCUCCAGCCAGGGAACGCCUGCCAGGCGGGUUGCAAGGGACAUUGGGUCGGGUUAGAGAGCUGCAGUUGCUUGCCAGGCCGCUCCUCCAGGCUCAGCGAGCAAUGGGAACCCUGUCCCAGGGGAUGCAGGUAAUUUGGGGGUGCCCAAAGCACGGUGUGAAGGCCACACUCCAGCAGCCCAUGGCUGUUUGAUUUGAAACAGGGUGAGCAUACGGGCACAUUCGCCAAAGCCUGCACCCUCCUUGCAAGCUGCCACUGCAUCUCUCGGAGCCACUGGCUUGGGGCAGCCCCCCGCCGGCUCUGCAUUUCCCCCACCUCCAACCAGAACAGGCUCCAUGCAGGAAGGAUCUUUUUCUGCCAAGGAACUACAUCCAUUUCGUAGGUUAGUGCAGCAGACGGGCCGAGGCCUGUCCCUCACUGCACACCGUACAGGGGCCUAUGAGCCAGGGCCCCACUGGCUUGGGGAUUGACGACAGGUGGUAAUAAAAUCUUUCCCUGUUUUUUUUUUUU